GUGGCUCCUCCCCUGGGCUGUCAGUCAGCGUUGUGGCUCCUCCCCCGCAGUCAGGCGGACGGGGUGCCGGUGUCGGUGGUGCAGAGUGUGCGGGGAGUAUGGGGGGAGACACCAGCACUACAAUGUGUCUCCUCCUGACACUGAGCUCAGCACUGCGAAGCCCCCAGACAGGUUUUGCACUCCCUGUCUCUGAACAAAUGCCAUACUGGGAGGUGUAUCCGCAGCUGAGUAGCAGUGAUGGGCGUAGACUGACCCCACAGGAAGUGGUUGGGGACCCUCCCAGCCACCUGCAGCUGUCUUUGGUCAUAAAUGGGACUUGGAUCCACAUGAAGCUUCAACAGAAUCGACACCUAACGCCGGACUUCCACACGUUAUCCUUCUACCUCCCGGAUGGGACCCGUGUGACAGAGAACCGCUCGCACCAGAUGAGCUGUUAUUAUCAGGGAAGGCUGGCGGGACGCAGCGGGCCCUGGAGCAGCCUCAGCCUGUGCUCUGGACUCAGGGGGAUUUUGGCACUGGAGCAACAGUACAGCAUGGAGCCAGUCUUAGGGGAUCCGUCCUUUAAGCACAUACUUCGGCCAGUCGGAGAUCAUCGGAACAUUACGUGUGAGACACGGGACGCCGCCCGUACAUCUACCAAUCACAAGCCUGGGAGGACGCUGCUAAGUAUGGGAGACCCCCAAUCUGACCAAGAGGAACUGGCACUCCCGCACCUGGCAGGUGGAGCUCCAGAUCAGGUGCAGAGGAGCUGGAUCAGCGAGACAAAGUACGUGGAGCUGGUGAUGGUGGCUGACAACAGCGAGUACGAGUUGUAUCGCAGGGACCUGAAUGCCCUUCACACCAGGAUCCUGGAAAUCGCCAACAGGAUGGACGCUUUUUACAGGACGGUGAACAUCAGGGUGAUCCUGGUCGGGGUCGAGGUCUGGAACCAGAAGGACCAGAUAACAGUCAGUUCGGACCCUGCGGAGACCCUGAACCAUUUCCUGUCCUGGAGAGAGAAGGAGCUGCUCCGGCGGAUCCAUCAUGACAAUGCUCAGCUCUUAACGGGUGUGACAUUUCAGGGCUCCGCAGUGGGAAUGGCGACCGUGGACUCCAUCUGUACAGCCGAUUGCUCCGGCGGGGUCAGCAUGGACCACUCGGUCAGUAUCCUGGGUGUGGCCUCCACCGUGGCACAUGAACUGGGGCACAAUCUGGGUCUGAACCACAAUGCAGUGGAUGGCAAGUGCGGUCAGCCCAGUACGGGGAAAUACUGGAUCAUGGAGCAGGGUACCAGGGCAGGGUACAUGCCCGGUUUGGAGUUCAGUAACUGCAGUCGCUCGGAGCUGGACGCCAUCUUCAAACAAGGAGGAGGGAAGUGUCUGUUUAAUGUCCCCAGUCCCUCCAGUGUGUUUGGACAGGCGCGUUGUGGAAAUCUGGUGGUGGAGAAAGGCGAGGAGUGCGACUGCGGCCUAACACAGGAGUGCACGGACCCAUGCUGCAAUGCCUCCACCUGCCAGUUGGUGGCCGGAGCUGAGUGCGCCUCGGACGGACUGUGCUGCGAGCAGUGUAAGAUACAGCCAUUGGCUACUCUGUGCCGGCCGCCCCUUGGGGACUGUGACCUUCCUGAAUACUGCAAUGGAGUAUCGCCUCACUGCCCCGCCAACACCUACCUGCAAGAUGGGGAGACCUGCGCAAGAGGACAGGCGCACUGUUACAAGGGAGAGUGCCGCACUUUAAAGAGCCAGUGUCAGAGCGUGUGGGGCCCAGGGUCCUCUCCAGCUCCUGAGGCUUGCUUCAAGAAGGUUAAUAUGAGAGGGGACCGAUUUGGCAGCUGUGGACGGAGAACCAAUGGCACUUACCUGCCCUGUUCACCAAGGAACGCUCUUUGCGGCACCAUCCAGUGUCAGGGCGGGAACGAUCAGCCCCUUGUGGGCUCCGGUGCAAAAUCAGUUACCGUGAAGGUGACCGUUAACGGGACAGAGGUCUCCUGCCGCGGCACAAACUUUAACAUGGGCGACGAUAUCUGGGACCCGGUCCUGGUGAAGACGGGGACGGUGUGCGGUCUUGGGAAGGUCUGUGUGGACCAGCGAUGUCAGGAUGUCGCAGUUCUGAAAGCGCUGACCUGCACGAACAAUUGCAACGGGCACGGGGUGUGUAAUAGUAACAGUAAUUGUCACUGUGACCGCGGUUGGGCUCCCCCGGAUUGCGGCAGGUCUGGAGAUGGCGGCAGCGUUGACAGCGGUCCGAUGGCUCUGGAGCGCGGGGGCGGCUCCAUCUCCACCACCAUCAUCCUCAUCGUCCUCCUCCUCCUCGUCGUGAUCAUCCUGGUCGUCUUCUGCUACGUGAAACGCGUCUCUCUGCAGAGGAAAAUCUCCGGCCUCUUCAGCAACGGCAGCAAAUGUCAAUAUCGAGUGACGCAGAACAGCAGCGAGCUCCGCCCACAGCGCCCUCCUCCGCCCCACUGGACUCAGAGUACCGAGUUGCAGGUGAUGUCUGCAAGCAACCAGGACUACUCUUUCGCUUUGCCUGCUCAGUCCAAUAUUGAGGGCUACGACCGUCCAGACCCUCCAUCCAAGCCUCUCCCACCUGACCCGGUCCCGAGGCCCAGCCAGGCUGACCCUCAGGAACGGCCGCCGGCACCUAAUCGGCCUCUCCCCGCCGACCCGCGACAGGCCAAGGUCUCCUUGAAGCCGCCUCUACCUAAGAAACCGCUGCCAGUGAAGCCCACCCUGCCCUGCCAGGACCCCCUGCUCAGCGUGCCAACCUAUCCGGAGCGUAUCAUUGCACUUCCGUCAAGGCAGGCUCCUCCACCCCCCUACUCAGGAUGGAGCCCAAGAGCGUAAAAGAAACUUGAGGAGCCCCAUCAGAGGGCGGGUCCCCCAACUCCGGUUAAGAAGACGCGGCUCCCUGCAUCGCGACUACUGCAGUACUGUACAUAGUACCGGGGUGUCCGCACCCCCUGCACUGUAUCCCUGGCACCCCCAGCUGGACUCGUGGGGCCCCCCCAAUUUCCUGGACAUCCUGCUGUUGCUGUAAAUAUCUCAUUCUGAUCGUGUGUGUGCGUGUGUUUUAUACUGAGUGCGUGAUGGGCGGGGCGACGCAGCUAAGUGCAAUAAGGGGAGGGGAAGGACAACGACGACGGGCA